AAAUAGAACGCUUUGUGAAUAGAUACUGGCAGUGGGGUCCAAGAGCAUUGGCAGCCCAUAUUCUCUCUGGAAUAUGUUCAAUAUCCCCUGGGUAUGCUCAAGAUGUCUCUCUCGAUCUUUGAGAGCCUCAUGGAGACAGGGCUUGCCCGUGCCCGUGCAGCGACGGAGUCAAACCACAGCUUCAAACGGACUCCUAUCGUCGGCUCUUCUUAAUCGUGCGCGAUCGAUCGCAGCCGAGCAUGCAUCUCUUUCUACCCGUCUCGCCGAGUCCUUCGAUGCGAAAGUUGCGAAGCGCGUUGGCGAACUUACUCCGAUCGUCAAUGCUUUGGCAGAAUGGGAUAAAGCAAAUGAGUCCAUAUCAGAGCUCAAUUCACUUCUAAAAGACCCCCAGACAGACGAGGAAUUACGAUCCCUAGCCAUUGAGGAUCUCGAAAGUAGCAAUACCAACCUACCCGCGAUUUCGGAUCAGUUAAAGAAAUCACUUAUUCCCCGUCACCCCUUUGCGGAUCUUCCUUGUUUGAUCGAAAUCCGACCCGGUGCAGGCGGCGACGAGGCAGGCCUCUUCGCGUACGAACUGCUAAGAAUGUACAUCGCGUUCUGUUCUCGAAAGGGAUUUCGCACGGGUAUAAUCAAGCUAGAUGCGGAAGACGGAACUGCGGAUGAUCGUCUCACGGAGGCUGUCAUGGAGGUCGAGACUGAUGGCAGUUAUAAUGUUCUUAGGACGGAGGCCGGCGUGCAUAGAGUCCAGAGGGUUCCAGCUACGGAGGCCAAGGGACGUAUACAUACAAGUGCUGUCAGCGUGAUGGUCCUUCCUAGUUUCCCGGAGCCAGGGUUAGGUGAGGACAGUCCGCUGAAUUUCGAGGAUCCGAACAGCGACUACUAUAUCGAUCCCCAGGAUGUUCGCUCAGAGAAAAUGAGAGCGAGCGGCGCCGGUGGACAGCACGUCAACAAGACUGAGUCGGCUAUCCGCCUGACACAUAUCCCCACUGGAAUUGUCGUCUCCAUGCAAGAGUCACGGUCCCAGCACGCAAAUCGCAAAAGAGCAUGGCAAAUUUUGCGAGCCAAGCUGGCAGACGCGAGACGAGAAGCUCGCGAAGAGGAGCUAGUGAAACUUCGACGAGGCGCAAUGGGGGGUGUUGCGAAAAUGGGUCGUGGUGACAAGAUCCGCACGUAUAACUACAAUCAGAGUCGAUGUACCGAUCAUCGUAGUGGUAUCACAAUCCACAACCUAGGGAAUGUUCUCGAUGGCGGUGAUGGUCUCGAAGCGGUCAUGGAGAGCGUACAAGGGUGGCUCGCUGACCGUGAGGUUGAGACAAUGAUUGCCGAAGAUGAACUGAAGGAGGCAAAGGGGAAGGGCCAGAAGAAGGCAUAGAAGGACAGCCCACUCUGGAAACAGCCGUUCCAUGUUCGAGGGUCCUCUGCAUGGCCCGCAAUGUACCACGGGCAAUAAACUUGCGGAUAUAAUUCGAGUCGGAACACUCAGUAUUCCCUUUACUGAACUGAUGCAUGU